AUAUAGCAGGCUCAUAUGUAGUCACAUACAAAUAAAAAUGUCUACGUUUUCAAGCUACACUCUUCCCGACCUUUACUGCCACGAAGCGGCCGAUGAGUUUGUCCCCUCCGGUGGCUGUAAACAUCUUGAUGAUCUCGCCUCCUCAUAUUCCUUCGUCGACUACGAUGAUGACUUCGUAGUUACCAUGUUUGACUCCGAGGUUGAUCAAACUCCGGAGCCCAAGCUUCUUGAACGACUCCGUCUUCUUCCCGACGUAGUUACUUCCCGUCGGGAGGCAGUUCAAUGGAUAUUAAAGGUGCAGAAUUUUCACAUGUUAAGGCCUGAAACGGCUUAUCUUUCUGUAAAUUAUUUGGAUCGUUUCCUCUACGCUCGUGGUUUACCUCAAGGAAAAGAGUGGUCUAUGCAGCUGUUGUCAGUAGCAUGCGUUUCUCUGGCAGCUAAAAUGGGGGAAAGAGAGGUUCCACUUCUCCUAGACCUUCAAAUUAAAGAAUCCAAAUUUUUAUUCAAGCCCAUAACAGUCCAGAAGAUGGAGCUCUUGGUCAUGGCCACUCUCAAGUGGCAGUUGCGCACAAUUACACCUUUUGACUUCGUACAUCAUUUCAUUACAGAGAUUUCAUGUCUCCAUUCGCAAGAACAUAGCUUCACUGAUUUUUUCUCCCGUGCCUCUGAUCUUAUUACCACCAUAUGUACAGACAUUGAUUUCUUGAAUCAUCGUCCAUCGACAAUCGCAGCAGCUGCGGUGUUAUUAAUAGCGGAUUGCGGCGUUGAGGACCAGAAGUUGGGGUGCAUUGAGAGGGUAAACAGGGAGAUGUUGAAGAAAUGUCAUAACCUCCUAAGGAGGAAACUGUCUGAUCAUUUACUGCUAGUUAAACAACAAAAGCUGGAGCUACUGCCACCACCAAGCCCCACCGGUUUUCUUGACACCGCUCUGGAUGAAGGCAGCAACGGGCACAAUUUGAAGAGUAUGAAGUGAAGUGACUUGUCGGCUUGGUCCUCAAGUUGAAAUUGAAAAUUGGGAUUCGGAAUUAAGUGAGAUCCAUGACGCAAGCACACGUAUUAUUUAUAUAAAAUAUUUAUAAUUUCUCUUUUUAUUAUAAAUAAUUAUAAUUUAUUACUAUAUUUAUAAUAAAAAAUAAAUAAUUAAAUUUAUG